GAUGAUCAUUCUCCUUUCCAGAGGAAUUAACUCAGAACUUGCCUGUGCCAGGUCUCCAGUCACUAGCGGGAUUUUAGGAGGGGGCCAAGAUGGCUCUCCAGGAACUUGGCCUUGGCAUGUCAUUUUUACACAUCAUGACUCAGUCUUUUGUCAAGGCUCCCUGAUCACAGAUGAAUGGGUUUUGACAGCUGCUGAAUGCUUAAGACGAUCUUACCUCAGUGGUGCGGUAUUGCAUUUGGGUGCAAACAACCAGUCAAGAUUUGGGGAAGUAACUUGUAGAGUUGACUCAAUCGUCUGCCAUCAAGAUUAUGAAACUCAUUAUAAUAACGGUGAGAACGACAUCUGUCUUGUAAAGCUGUCAGCUCCUGUCAACUUCACGGACUACAUCCAACCGGUCUGCUUGGCCUCAGAAGAUAGCACUUUCUAUGAUGGAACUGCCAGCUGGGUCGCUGGUUUUAGCAGUAAUGAACACCCUUAUUAUCCUGAUACUUUCCAGGUGGUUGAUGUAUCAGUGUUUGGGAACAAUAAAUGCAGCUGCUUCUACAGAAACCACUACUACUACCACAACAUCCGUUCAAUAACAAAGAACAUGAUGUGUGCUGGAAGUGAGAAUGGAUCGAAGACUGCAUAUUAUGGAAAUAAUGGGGCAGCUCUAGUGACCAAAAAAGACUCCAUCUGGGUCCAAAGCGGGAUUGUGGGUCAUGUUUAUGAUCUCCGUCGACCCACUAGCUACAUUCGUGUGUCCCAGUACCAGAAAUGGAUCAGCGACAGGGUCACUGGCAUGGAACCAGGAUUUAUUACCUUCACCUCCCCAGGCAAUGACACCGACUUGAAUUUCACUUGUCCCACAAUACCACCUACCACUCCCUAUCCUUAUUCCACAAAUUACCCUCAUACCACACACCACCCUCAUGCCACACAUCACACUGACUACCCCACUGAUGACAGCAUAUCUACCAGUAGUACAGCCCCCACUCCCUGUCCUCAUCCCACACAUUACCCUCAUACGACACACUACCCUCACCCCACACAUCACACUCAUUAUACCACUGAUGACAGCAUAUCUACCAGUAGCACAGCCCCCACUCCCCAUCCUCAUCCCACACACUACCCUCAUACAACAAACUACCCUCACCCCACACAUCACACUCAUUAUACCACUGAUGACAGCAUAUCUACCAGUAGCACAGCCCCCACUCCCCAUCCUCAUCCCACACACUACCCUCAUACAACAAACUACCCUCACCCCACACAUCACACUCAUUAUACCACUGAUGACAGCAUAUCUACCAGUAGCACAGCCCCCACUCCCCAUCCUCAUCCCACACACUACCCUCAUACAACAAACUACCCUCACCCCUCACAUCACACUCAUUAUACCACUGAUGACAGCAUAUCUACCAGUAGUACAGCCCCCACUCCCUGUCCUCAUCCCACACACUACCCUCAUACGACAAACUACCCUCACCCCACACAUCACACUCAUUAUACCACUGAUGACAGCAUAGCUACCAGUACUACAGCCCCCACUCCCCAUCCUCAUCCCACGCACUACCCUCAUACAACAAACUACCCUCACCCCACACAUCACACUCAUUAUGCCACUGAUGACAGCAUAGCUACCACUAGCACAGCCCCCACUCCCCCAUCCUCAUCCCACACACUACCCUCAUACAACAAACUACCCUCACCCCACACAUCACACUCAUUAUACCACUGA